AUGGGCGAGUUACCAGAAACACACGAGGACCUGCCUUUCGGCUUCCUUACCCUUCCUUCCGAAUCUGCGAUGAACGCCGCUGGCCGGACUUCAGACCACCCCUUCAAAGACCUUCGCUCGGCCCGUCGCGUACGUCAACGAUCGAAGAGAUACCCCGAGCGCAUCUACAGCGGCAACAAGCGUCGUCGCAACGACCGAUAUCGCCUCGCACGAGAGAACCAGCUUCGGCACGAGUCCCAACAGGCAGACAUUCAGGAAUGGGAGGACGACUGCUACGACAGAUGGGCACAUGAAGUAGACAUGGAGUACAUGGACGACAUAGAAGCCUACGAACUCUUUGGCAAGAAUGCCCAUAUCUUCGAAGGCACAGCCACUGGAGACAUUACAUCAGGCGAGGACUUUGGCACCUGGGCCCGGCGUCGCAUCGCAGAGAUGCGGCACGUCAAGGAACACCGUAUACACACCUACGGCGAACCCACGAGCCCCGCGCCGCUGGCCAUCCUCCCACACACCAUGUGCGACGACAGGCGACCCGGUCGCGUCAGCGCCACCAUCUCCACCGCGCCUUUCGCAAACCCCCACGAAACAACCCUCCCCACCUCCCUCUCCGAGAUCCGCGCCCAUGCCACACUAGCUUGCAUCCUCACACUUCCAAAAAUCCUCAAACAACGCUGUCGUAGCCGCAACGAGCCCGCUCUACCCGUGAUUCCAGGCUUCUGGUGGUGGGGCGAGUACACCUGGCAAUGGCAUAGGAAUCUGUCUGGGUGCUGUCUUGUUGAGUGGGUUAAGGGAGAAUUGAGGGAGAGGAUGGGCGAGGAUGAGGCUCUUUUGGAGAAGCAGCGAGAGGGAGUUGAAGAAGAGAAGCUGAACGAGUAUGAUCAGGGCUGGGACAGCGAUCUCAGUGACUGGGGUGAUGACUCGCAAGAUGGAUAUGUGAUACUAGGGGAAGAGCACGAUGGAAGUAAGACGUGGUGUUUUGUUAGUGGAAUAGAUGAGGAUUGCUUUAAUGAUCACGACCUUGAGCUGGUUGGUUAG